ACUUACAAGCGCCACAACCUUCACUUCUAAUAUAUAAUUUUGUCUUUACACUGCGGUAGAUAAUUGUAUUUUUGUACUAGAAAUGCAGACAGCCGGGAAGUGUGCUGUGAGACUUGACCUCAGUCGUGUUUUUUGCCCGUCAAGCGUAUGGAACUGUCGUGCAGUAAACAGAGUUAAUGGCUUAGUGUCAUGCAGAAGAUACAGUGUCAUUCCUCCACCUCGUGAUGAACAGGAGAAAGCCAUGCUGGACCGUAUGUUGAGGGUUGACCAUGCAGGAGAGUAUGGGGCCAAUCGCAUCUACGCUGGCCAAAUGGCAGUUCUCGGAAGAACUCAGACAGGGCCUCUAAUUCAGCAUAUGUGGGACCAAGAGAAAAUACAUUUGGAAAAGUUUAACGAGAUUCUGGGAGAGCAUCGUGUUCGACCGACGUUAUUGUUGCCGCUGUGGAAUAUCGCUGGGUUUGCAUUAGGAGCUUGUACGGCUCUUCUGGGUAAGGAAGGAGCCAUGGCCUGCACUGUGGCUGUUGAGGAAAGCAUCUCGGAGCACUACAACAGCCAAAUCCGAACACUAAUGGAAGCUGAUCCAGACAGAUACACAGAGUUACUACAGCUCAUUAAAGAAUUUCGUGAUGAUGAAAUAGAGCAUCAUGACACAGGAUUGGAGCAUGAUGCUGAGUCGGUACCAGGAUAUAUGCUUUUGAAAACAGCAAUACAGGCUGGCUGUACAGCUGCUAUCUAUAUUUCUCAGCGUAUUUAGAGUCAUUUUAACAAUGCAUGGCUUGUAAAUAUUGUUUUUUGUCAUUCAUGUACAGUAAUGUAACAUGUAAGGAGACCACAUUUGUCACAUCUUCAGUUUACUUGAUUCGAAAUGAAAUUUUUGACCUCCUGUGAACUUGUUGGACAUUUAAAUAUACAAAUUUAAAAUGGAAUUUGUAUUUCAAAUCUGUGUAUUUUCCACAAUUAAAUGUGUUCACAAAGUCAUUGUUGUAUUUUUCAUUUGACCUGAGACUAAACAGAAAGGGGCAUAUAGGGACAAAUGUUUAUUUUUUGAUAAGUCAUUUUUAAGUCAUCUGACUUGGGUUUAAACAAUGAAAUGAUUGCAAAUAAUGAAAUAUAAAAAUGCAUGUUAUUAUGUAUUUUGUCUGUGUGGCACCAUCUGGUGGUCAUAAGAUUACUUUGCAGGGGUGUCCAAACUCAGUCCUGGAGGGCCGGCGUCCUGCAGAUUUUAUGUCCAACUUGCUUCAACACACCUGCAAGGAUGUUUCUAGAAUGCCUAGUAAGAGCUUGAUUAGCCAGCCCAGGUGUGUGUGAUUGGGGUUGGAACUAAACUUUGCACAACAAAGGCCCUCCAGGACUGUGUCUGGACAUCCCUGACUUAAAGGGAUAGUCCACCAAAAAUAAAUCAUUCUUUUUUAUUAUUAUUUACAGUUUUUCUUUCAUACUGUAAAACAUUAAAGAUAUUUUGAAAAAAA